AUGCAUUUCUAUCUACGUGCUGAUGUCCUUAAAGAUGAAUUUCAACGUCUUGAAUCUAUGACACAUUUAACAAAGGAAGAAAAAGAAUUUCUAAUUAAAGAAAAACAAGAUGUUUUAUUCAAAUCUUUUAUUACUUUUCUUGAAGCAGUUAGUCAAAUAACUCGUGCAUCUGCUGAAACACCACGUGAACAAACCUUUGAAAAAGACUAUAGUAAACAAAUUGAUGCAGCAAUUGAACAACUAAAACAACCUAUUACAUUAUCUAAUCCACACUCGUGUCGGCUUUAUUCAAUGUUACAUCGUACUGGUAAACGAUCAGGGACAAUUCAUUCUAUGAAUCAAAUAAGUCCAAAAUUAGCAGAAAUAAAACAUAGUGUUAUACCAAUUCCAGGCGAAGAUGGACACGUUUGA